AUGCGAGCCGGUCCUGGACAUCUCUCUUCCUUGUUUGCACGAGGACCGGCUAUCAACAAUGGGGCACUGAUUCAAAAGCGGCCAAAUCAAAAGGAGUGCCAUGCCCACGAGAAGAGAAUCGCGAUAAAUGCGAUAGCUGUACUGGGAUUCAUUCGAUCGACUUGUCAUAAUCGCCUGGACCACCCACCCGCCGAGUUUCUCAUUCCCCAUAUCGCUGACUCACUCGCUGUACAUGACAAUCCCCCGAAUUACGCCCAUCGAAUUCGCAAAAAACAGGUAUCGCGAAAGUCUACUCCAGCGAUGGGAAAACAAGUCCGUACGACUCAAAGGAAUCCAAAUCCAAAUCCAAGUCCGAAUCCAAAAUUCGCAUAUAGUGAUCCGGAUUUCUGUCAGAACACAUCGAACUCGGCUCUCCUUAUCGACAUCCCUUCGGACGAUGCGCCUGAUCUGACCUUUUCGGUCCGCGAUGGGCAGUUCCAGCGUCCAGGACUUCUUCGGUGUAUGCUUCGACGGUCCGGGGUUCGUGCGAUAAAUGAUUUUAUGCGCGAGAAGAUGCUGUUAUCACCUUGGCACCUUCCUCGGCCGAGCCGUGGCGUUAUUUUGGCUACUGGACGAGAAGGCUUGAAGUGCUUGGUGGACCUGUUGAACGAGGAAAGUAGAAUCGGUGUGAGCCGUACGGGUGGAUUGAGCUGGACAUGUAUUUGGGCGAUGCAAGACGCAGAUCGCAGGUCGCAGGUCCCACAUUCCUCGGGGCAUCGGGGAUGCAUAACCUGCAAGCAGAGCGGCGACAAGGUCCAGAAGAGACAACGUAGGCGUCUCUUUUGCAUUCCUGUCGUUCAGAAAGAUCGAUCCUCCGUCAUGAAGCUCUCCUCGUACGCCAGCAUUGUUGCGACAAUCGCUUCGCUAACCGAAGCUCUCCCCACGGAAUCCUCGCUUGCAUCGAGGGCGUUGCCUUUGGUUGAGUCGAACAAACUGCGUAGAGUUCUACUCCGAUCCGAGCUCCUGAAGAAGGGUCAGCUCUUGCAAGACUUUGCCUACGCCUGGGAGGGCCGCAACAGGUACUCUGGCACCCCAGGGCAUCAAUCGACGAUCGAUUAUAUCCAAGAGUCCCUCAACGCCACCGGCUACUAUGACACCUAUACCCAGGAGUUCAUUGUUCCCUCUACAAGCGGUGCGCUGAGUGUAGCUGGCGCACCCCUCCCGGCUGCUCCCAUGAGCUUCUCGCCUGCGGGCAAUAUAACGGCACAGGUUGUGGCCGUUGCGAACCUUGGUUGCGACGCUGCCGACUAUCCCGCUGCCGUAUCUGGCGCCAUUGCCCUGAUCAGUCGUGGAAACUGCACAUUUGGAGCCAAAUCCAGUCUCGCUAAGGCUGCAGGUGCUGUCGGAGCUAUCAUCUACAACAAUAUCCCCGACACUUUGCUCCAGGGCACUCUCGGUGAGGCUGGUGACUACGCGCCAACGCUGGGAGCGACUCAGGAGGAUGGUUUGGCCUUGGCUGCUUCCCUUCCCAUUGCGUCCUUGGAAGUUCAGGUCAUCAACACCGUCACGCAAACCAAGGGUGGUGAUCCCGAGAAUGUGCUCAUGGUUGGUGCUCACACCGACUCUGUGCAAGCCGGCCCAGGCAUCAACGACAAUGGAUCUGGAACCAUCGGUAUCCUCGAGGUCGCUCUCCGGCUGGCUAAAUUUUCGACCAACAAUGGCGUCCGCUUCGGAUGGUGGUCCGGAGAGGAAGAUGGACUUCUCGGCGCUGAGCACUACGUUGCCGAGCUCCCCCAAGAAGAGAGGGACAAGAUCCGCAUCUACCUCAACUUCGACAUGAUCGCGUCCCCCAACUUCGUGUACGAGAUCUACGAUGGGGACGGAAGUGCCUUCAACAUCAGCGGUGCCCCAGGCUCAGCCGAGGCCGAGAAGCUGUGGGAGGACUACUUCAAGAACGAGGUCGCCAUCCCAACCAACCCCUCUGCCUUCGACGGCCGCUCGGACUACGGCCCCUUCCUGGACGUUGGCAUUGCGGCUGGAGGUCUGACCUCUGGUGCUGAUGGUGUCAAGACUCAGGAGGACUAUGACAAGUACGGCGGCGUUAUCGGCGCCAUCUACGACCCGAACUACCACACUGCCCAAGACACUGUUGAGAACACCAAUGUUGGUGUCUGGAUUGGACUCACCAAGGGAAUUGCGCACGCUGUUGCCACUUAUGGUCGCAGCUGGGACUCGUUUCCCGCCAAGACCAAGAGAAGCGCUCCUGUUAAGAAGCGGGACCGGGGCUUCCAGCGAAAGGGCAACAAGUUCUUGUGGUAG